AUGGCGUUCUCCGACAGUAAGAUCCCAAACUGGGCCCCGUCGUCUGUCGUGGCGCAAGCCGUGGUUGGGAUUUUGGCGCUGUUUAUCCUGCAAACGCUCUACAGGGUCGUCACGAACCCGUUGUCGUCCAUCCCGGGCCCGUUUUGGUCGCGGUGGACGAAUCUGCCGGUCAAGCUCAGGCUGCUGUCGGGGUCCAAGGCGACGUAUGUCCACUCGCUGCACGAGAGAUAUGGACCUGUGGUGCGGCUCGGCCCCCGCGAGGUGGACGUCAGCGACGUCGGCGCGGUGCGCGAGGUGCACAAGGCGCGGUCCGGCUUCCUCAAGGACCCGGGCUACUAUGUCGGCGGCGGCGUGCGGAGCGUCUUCUCGGCGCUGGACCCGGUCUUCCACGCGCAGCGCCGCCGCGCCCUGGGCCCGUGUUUUGCCGAGGCGCAGCUCGAGACCCUCGAGCCGACGAUCGUCGAGCGCGCCCGGCUGACCAUCGCCAAGCUCGGCGACGAGAUGGCGACGACCGGGUGCACGGAUAUCCUGCACUGGUGGACGCUGUUCGCCAUGGAUGUCAUCAGCGAGAUGUGCUUCGGCGAGUCGUUCCACAUGCUGGAGGUCGGCAAGAAAAACCAAUACGCCGAAGACAUUGCCGAGAUGGGCUCGCUGCUCCCGCUGCGCGGCGCCUUCCCCUGGCUCAUCUGGCUCGCCGGCUACGUGCCCUUCUUCCCCUACUUCAAGAACGUCGGCGCGACCCGCCAGCGCGUCGUCGAGUACGGCGCGGCGCGCGCAGCGCAGUACAUGCGGUUGGUCGAGACCAACGACAGCGCGGUGCGCAAGACGCUCUUCUCCAGCCUCGUCGCUAAAGGCGGCGGCGGCCAACGAGGCAGCCCAGAACAGCAGCUGUCGCAGCUCGACAUCACCAUCGAGUCGCAGUCGUACAUCACGGCGGGCACCGACACGACGGCCAUCACGCUGACGUACCUCAUCUAUGCGGUGCUGCGCCACGACGCCGUGCGCGCGCGUUUGUUGGGUGAACUCCAGUCCCUGCCCGACGGCUUCACCCACCGCGACCUGCGCGCGCUGCCGUACCUCAACCUGGUCCUCGAGGAGACGCUGCGGCUGUACGGCGCGUCACAGGGCGCGCUGCCGCGCGUCGUCCCGCCCGAAGGCGCCGUGCUCGCCGGCUACGCUGUGCCACCCGGCGUCGUCGUGUCGACGCAGAACUACAGCCUGCAUCGCGACGGCGGGGCGUAUCCGGAUGCCGAGAAGUUUGAUCCGUCCCGCUGGGAGAGCCCGUCGCCAGAGGCAAAGAAUGCGUUUAUGCCGUUUGGCAUCGGCCCGCGGAACUGCAUCGGACUGAACCUGGCCCGCAUGGAGCUGCGGCUCUGCACGGCCCUGUUCUUCCGGGCGUUUCCCGACGUCCGGCUGUCUAGCAAGUACGGCAUGUCGGACGCGGACAUGAGGCCGCAGAUCAACUUCCUGGUGAUGCCCGCGGGGCACAGGUGCUUAGUAGAGCUCCCGUGA